GUCCGACCGACAGCUUCCCCGGCUCCCAAAGCUUGAGGUUGUCGGUAGUAACUACCACCUUCCACCCCUCGAAACCCCAAGAACAGAGCGCUACGAGACUUGAACUCCAAAGUCGUACAACCAACGAACCGCCGAGAUAUAUGAGUACAUCCGACGCAUAACUGGCCUCCCCUUCCCUCCCCGGCCCGCAGCCACGAUGCGCCAGCGCCUAGCUCUCCGCCGAAUCCUCCUCCAGAGGCUCUUCCGCCUCCAGAGCACUCGGCCUUUCACGAGCAACACAUCCCUGACCUCGCGCAGCCGCCCACAACUCCCCUUUCUCUCGAUUCCCGUGACGUCCCCGCGGCCCCGCGUCCGCUACUUUACCACCGAAAAGAAACAAUGGCUCCGCUACGAGGGCCGCUUGUUCCUCCGGUACAACGUCUCCAUCUGGGGCGGUGCCCUGUGCAUCUUCGCCAUCGUCUUCCUGCUGAACCAGGAGGCCCUCGAGAAGGACCAUCCGACGCCGCACGAGUGGUCGUUCCUGACGAGAAUGGGCGUGCGCGGCGCCAAGGAUGCUGCAAAGGACAGCCAGAAUAGGGACGUGAACUGGGUCGAAGUCCUCGUGUCGUGCAGGGCCAUGCUCAAAAGGCUGGAGGACCCCAACAUCGACGGCGCCGGCAUCAGGGAGCUACUGGAAGAGCCUCUGUCAAUUGACGGUGUCGGAAGUGCCGGGAAGGACCUGACUGCCAUGAGCGAGAACUGGAGGAGGGGCUACUAUGAGAUGUUGAUGCUUCUGGCGCAGGCCUCGGAGCAGCUGGACGGCUGGGUCAGGGACACGACGAGGGACAUCAUCUUCCCGCCAGAGGUCGUUCGCGGCCCCUCAAACCCGCAUCCGAAACCGAUCCCCGCAGGUGCCGAGAGCGCGCCGAACGAGGAGGACUGCGAAGUCGCCUACGAGCCCGCCGAGAACCACUACCUGCGUGUCCUCACCACCAAGGGCUUCACGAACCGCCAGAAGAUGGACGCCGCCCUGAGGUACGCCUCCUUCCUCGACUACAAGCACCUGCCCGACGCCGCCGACAGGAUGUACCAGUGGGCCCUGUCGCUGGCGACCGAGACGACGCCGAACUCGCCGCCCCUCGUCGACCCCCGCACGUACACCAUCAAUGACAAGACGACGCUGCCGUCUGAGAACGUCCUGAACGUCCUCACGUCGAUCGCCCUGCAUAAAGCCCGCAACGGCGACGUCAACGCUGCGCUGCCCAUCUUCAUCUCCGUCCUCCGUGCCCGUCGCGCCCUUCCGCAAGUGCCCCUCCCGGGCCAGGAACGCCCCACCGAAACGCCCGGCACGCUGUGGCAGAAGGUUUGGAAUCUCAGUAAGGCGCCGGUGUACCCCUCGCCGCCCGACGACGGCACCCGCCCACCCUGGAGACACCCCAAGGAGCUCUGCGAGGAGGCCGGCCUGAACCUGUACAUUGGUGAGAUCCUGUACGCGACAAAGGACUCCAAGGCGAACCGCGAGGAGGGCCUCGCAUGGACGCGGGACGCCGUCGACCUCGCCGAGGAGCAGCUUCGCAAAGUCGGCCCCUUGGGCGGCGAUAAGGAGGCCCGGCAGACGUGUCGCGAGUGCCUCGGCACGGGGCUACAGAACUGGUCUGCCAUGGUGGCGCGGCUGGCCCGGGAGGAGGCGAGGGGCAAGGCGGCACCUGUCAAGUCCGUCUUCGGCUUCUGGAGCGGGGCCGCCGAGACGGACGAUGUCAGCAGGUGGGCGGCGGAGGAGAAGGUCGUCGCGGAGAGGAUCCGGCGUACGAGGGAGCUGCUCGUGCAGGCCGAGCCGCCUGCCGCCGGGCUGGCAUCUCUGCUACAGGUGUAGCCUGUGACGGCGGCUACUGAUGUAAAACAUACAGUGGCAACGGGAUGGGUUUUGUGUAUUAUACUGUCCAUACUACAGGUUCGAUGAUACCAUAUGAAUGUUCGCUCAUCUGUUCGCGUACACUUCUUUUAGAGGCUGAAGGGUAUCUACUCCGAAUGGAGGGCGAUGUUUGGCUCAAGGUUGGCGACUACGGUUUUGACCAAGCGCAUAUUGGGUUCACCAGCCAACACCUGUAUCCUUAAUCACUUCUUACGGGCUGACGGCCAUUGCGAUGUUGGAUGUCCAAAGUGCCAGUUCGGCCGAGAACUUGUGGUAUAUUAUCAACCUUGAUGACUGCGGCCA